CGCGAGCUUAGUUGCUGCUCGUGGUUUCUGUGAAGUAGAGACGCGCGUGACUUUGUAUUUCAUUUAAUCGCUGGAGUGAUGUCUUCGACAGUUACUGGCCCAAAAUGCGCAGCUUUUGGUUAGUACUCGACGCUGCAGAAAUACCUGGUACGGCGGAACUUUGCUUAUCGAUAGGGCAUUCCCUCUCCCUUUAUCGAUAGCACACCGCGGACGUCCACUGGCAGUACACAGUACAAUGUACACAGUCUUGCAGUCGCGGACACUACUGCAGCACAGCGUUGACCAGCAUCUGUCAUUCUGUGGAUGAUCGUCAAUGAGUAACAAAUAGCUGUCCUCGCGUUGAGGUCUCACAGACGCUGCCCUAGAAGAAACAGAAUGAUCAAGCCCAGAAACUUAUAAACCACGACAUCCAUAAAAUGAGGACAGUUCGAGCCUGACCUGUCGGGAUGACUAAGCAGAUAUGUAUCACGUGUGGGGCCACAAGCCAAUCACAUCGCUGCAGGACAUAAUGGCCAAUCUGUCCCCCUUUUCCAAAUGAACCACACCAAUGCUGUUCACCGCGUCUACAUUCACUUCAUUGUCCCAGCAAGCUUCCCUCGUGGACCAUGCAUGAGUAAGUCUGAAUGGCUGCAUUCGACUGGAGAAGCUGUUGGUAAGCUGAGGAGGACCGUGCUGUGGCCAGCUGACUAAACCAACAUGCACCUUCAAGCAUGUGGACGAGCUAGCAUUGCCCUGGCCAACAUUCUUCUCCUUGCAGCACUCUUGGUUUUUGCGAAAGGGUUCUUCCCCCACAAGGCCUUUCUGCCUGGUCUGGCGACACGGCCUCAAGAUCUGGACAAUGGGUCCCAAUCGGCUCCAUUCGACCGGGUCAUCUUCAUGGUGGUGGACGCGCUACGCAGCGACUUUGUCUAUAGCGAUGCGUCCAACUUUGCCUUCACUCAAGGCUUGAUCAGAUCUGGCGCAGCAGUUCCAUUCACCGGGCAUGCAAGUGCGCCUACCAUCACCAUGCCACGAGUCAAAGCUAUCACGACAGGUUCAGUUCCGAGCUUUGUCGAUCUCAUUCUCAAUUUUGCCGAGUCAGACACGACUUCGACGCUCAAAGAUCAAGACUCCUGGUUGGCACAAUUGAAGGCACGUGGCGACAAGCUGGUCAUGUAUGGAGAUGACACAUGGCUGCGGCUCUUCCCUGACUUCUUCGAUCGAGCAGAUGGGACUACCAGUUUCUUCGUUUCCGAUUUUACAGAAGUGGACAAUAAUGUGACCAGGCACAUUCCCCGCGAGCUGGAACAACAGGACUGGUCUGCCAUGACAUUGCACUUUCUGGGGCUCGAUCAUAUAGGGCACAAGACCGGACCCAAGGGCCCAAACAUGCACGCCAAGCAAGGCGAAAUGGAUGGCAUUGUAAGACAGAUUUACACGGCCAUGGAAACGAAUGAGCAUCUCAAAUCCUGUUUGCUGGUGGUGCUUGGCGAUCACGGCAUGAACGAGGGAGGCAACCAUGGUGCUUCAUCUCCCGGCGAAGUGUCUACUGCACUCACCUUCAUCUCGCCAAAGUUCCAAUCUGCAUUUGAAGGGCAAACCAGUCCGUUCCGGAAUGCGAUCGACUAUAAAUACUACCAAGUCAUCCAACAAUCGGAUGUCGUUCCAACAUUGGCCGCGCUUCUGGGUUUCCCUAUCCCGUUGAACAACCUCGGCGUCAUCAUCCCACGCCUGCUUGAACUGUGGACAGUCCAACAAGAUCAGUACAACCUCCUUUUCGAAAACGCGCAGCAGAUACAUCGCAUUGCACGAGCGACAUUUCCAAGCACGUUUGUUGAUCGAGCAGACAGUCAUCAGGAUUGCUCAAAAACCACCGGAGACGAUGCGGAUAUUCUAGCAUGCCUGUGGAAGCAGGUCCUGGAAGACCGUGACGCUGACAUUGCAAGCAGCUCGUCGAUCGCAAAUUUGCGAACGUUUUUGUACAAGGCUCAAACGGUCCUUAGCGGUACAGCCAGCAACUAUGACCUGGCUAGCAUGCGACUCGGCAUUGGACUCGGCUUGAUUGCGCUCUCCCUAUGCCUGCCCAACUUCAUCAACGGAAUCCAAAAGUACAGCUACGGUAACGAGAGCUUCGCCUUGCUAUUGAUCAUGGCAUUGUAUGCUGUCACCAUGUUUGCCAGCAGCUAUGUGGAGGAAGAGCACCAGUUCUGGUAUUGGAUCCUGGGCGCAUGGUUGAUCAUUCUGUGCUGCAAGGAUGGUCGAUAUGCCGCACCCCCUGCCAACGAAAGUGCCAGAUCGGGCGGGUCGUCGAUACAAACAGCCCUUGCGUUUUUGCUCUUCGGUGUGGUUCGCCGAUGGAGGCAGACCGGCCAAAAGUACGCUGGUGGUCCUGACCUUCUCAGCGAGUUGGUGACACCGUAUCCGUGGCUACUCUGGACGCUGGUUGUUCUUACCUAUGUUCAACUCACAGUGAACCUUAGUCAGAAGACAUCAACGUGGGUGAAUGUCAGGCAAAUGGGCCUCCUGCCCGUCUUGGUGUCCAUUUCGGCUUUCCUGUUCAAGAUCGCCUUCACGGCCGCUGAUGCGCCCGAGCUUCUGCAGGAUUUCCCGCUCUUCGACGCCCUCGUGGGCUUUGUGUCGCGGUAUCCUCUGGUGAAUCUCGCUAGAGUGGUUUUUAUCGGACUCGCACAUCUACUCUUAUGCGCGAUAUACUACGAGACACCUUGGAAAAGUGCCCGGCAUUUAGCCUCCUUUUUGACGGUAUUCCAGGAUGUGCUCUCGAUUUUUCUUGCUACUCAGUCGCGCACUGUCUAUAUUCCGCUCUAUCUGUUAUUCAACCUACAGUUGUCUCUCUUACGGCGCGGGCGGAGAUACUCGACCGGCGAAGUCACGAUCUUGUCUCUGUUGUUUCAAUACUUGUCAUUUUUCGCCAUGGGUGGCACCAACUCAAUUGCUACCAUCGAUCUUUCAAAUGCUUACAACGGGGUCAGUGGCUACAACGUCGUCGCCGUGGGCGUUCUGACGUUUGUGAGCAACUGGGCUGCGUCGAUCUGGUGGGCUUUCGCAGUCUGCCAAUUACUUGUGGACCCCGAAGGUUUAAACAAUGGCCAUUCGGGUUUCCUCUUAAUGUCCUUGUCAACAUUCGCCUGCGUUCACACCAUCGCCGUCAUGGUCGCUUGCACCGUUCUUCGUGAACACCUGUUCAUCUGGACCGUUUUCUCGCCGAAAUAUCUGUACACAGCCGCUUGGAUUGUGGGCCAGCAUAUUGUCAUCAACAGCAUAAGCGUUGGAGCAUUGCUGUGGCAUAGUAGUACUUAAGACAGGGCCAUGGUCAUCCAGAACAAAUCCAUGGCUGAUGAACCUCACAUUUACAAGUCACGUCCAGCACGGAACUCAUUCCUGCUACCAGGUCACGGCGUAUCCAACUUCCAAACCCGAUCGAGGAAUGUCUCGGUGUCUGGAAAGCAGCCCAAAUUCAUACUUUUACCCAUUGUUGUGUGCCACUUUCGGGCAAUGACUGAGCACCGUUCUGCACUUGCGGCACUACAAAACUGUCGAAGAGCUCGCCAAUGCCCUCUGUAUCAUCAAUCGGAAUCACUUUCGAAACAUCUGUACCGCGAGUCGAGAUUGAGUCAGCCAGUGCAACAAAUGGACAGACAACACAAUCUCCUUUCUGUGCUUACAUUGAUCAGGGCGGACAAUAACAGUGGCGCCGACAUCCGGGUCUACGCCGUACUUUUCAUAAGCGUGGCCGUGACCCGAGUUAUAGCUCUCGUCAUCGACAAAGGCCUUAUGCAGGUCUAUAUAUUACACACAGAAGCAUCGAGUCAGCUCUUGUCACAUUUCCAGAUGUGGAUUUUACUUUGUCUCAAGGACAGCCUGCUUACUUACCUCGAGCUUUCCACUUUCCCGUAACAGGCCAGAAGAAUGCUGGUAUGUCUUCCUGUUCAAGUUUGAUCCUCUCGCCUGAGAAGACGACGAUAGGUUCGAUGAAGCUGUCGAUAUCGGCCGUGGGCGCAGUAUACUUCCGCACAGGCCCUGUCGGGGAGUCCAAGUACUCGGCAAUCUAGCACAGAAUGCAUCAGACGUUAGUGAUAACAAUCAUACAAUGCCAGAGACCGGGGAUUCCCAGAUAAGCCACAGUUCGUCCGACUUGGAAGCUUUUGUGCUGGGUGAAGUGGUCAAAAAUACACUCCCUCGCUCGCUCACUCACCUUGUGCAGCCGUUCCAGAGUGUUCGGGUCACCAAUUUUGCCCGCGAAGAAAAUAACCCUCCAUCGCCCAUCCGCAGUGAGCGCUCUGACCAAAGGCAUAGCUUUUGCAUCGCAAAAUCUUACCACUUGAGCAUUAGGAAACCUCAUACCAACAACAACACCCUGGGCCAGUUCGUGCCUGCUGCGUGCGGACGAAGUAAGAGGCGAAUCCUCAUAUUUUGCCGUCAAACCAGCAGUAUAGCGACCGGACUUGAUAAACCCUUCACUGAAAUGCUCGGGAGUCCAAUCAGAAGACGACGAUGCAUCACUCUUCUUCUUCGAAAACAAUUUGGUGAACCACCUAUCAAAAUCAAUCAGAUCCGCAGCAGUCUUGCCACGCUCGAGAUUGUACGUGGUCAACAAGCUCGGCAAUGCUUUUCCCGUCAAAAUCAUCCCCAGCUUCCAGCCAAUAUUAUACCCAUCCUGCAAACUGACAUUCAUGCCCUGGCCGGCCUUGGGGGAAUGAGUGUGAAAAGCAUCGCCAGUCAGAAAAAUUCGAUUGUCCUUUGUGAAAUGGUCCGCCAACCUUUGGCCGAUACAGUAACACGACCACCAUGCUGUCUCGGCGAUUUCCAUCUCAAAAGGAGAAAACACCUGCCUGGCUUUCUCAUGCAGAUCUUCCAAUUCGACAUCCUGCACAUUGGUCCCCGUGGGGAACUCAAUGUAGAAUCGAACCAUCCAUCCUCCUUCCCGGGGGAUGACUAGGAUCGUACCCGCGUUGGAAUGGAUCGUGGCUUUGCGUCGAAUAUCCGGGAAAUUCGUCCGUGGAUACACGUCCAUGACGCCCCAUACUGCAUCUGUGGUGUCGCCGACCAUUUUGUAUCCGAGUGAUUUGCGAACCAUACUAUGGGCGCCGUCACAUCCGAGAACAUAUUUCGCACGGAACCGCUCUUCUUUGCCGUUUUUCUCUGCGAUGACUGUACAUGGAUAAUCGGCGGCGGCGUCGACACCAUUAUCAACAGCCACACUCUUAACGGUAUACCCAUACUCCACGUCCCUCGCACCAAUGCCGCGCAUCUUAUCCAGCAUCAAUCCAUUGAUCCGGGCCUGGUUAAGAAUCACAUGCGGCUGAUGACUCAGUCCCGGCUGUGUAUCGGCCGUCCGACUCGUACGAUAUAGCUUGCCAGUCGGGUCGUUUGGGUUCACCGCCCAGAACGCCACUUCGAGAACGUGGUAUGCCUCACGCAACAGAUCUUCCGACAUGCCGAACGACUCGAAGACUUCCACCGUUCGACACUGGACCCCGUCCGCUUGGCCCAUGGUCAUGGGUCCGGAUCGCCGCUCGAGAAUCUUGACGGAGGAGACGCCGUAAAUGGCUAGCCAGAGGGCUGCGCAGAGUCCUGCACUGCCCGAGCCGCAGAUUAAGACGUCCACGGACUGGUCUUGUGCUUGUUCGUGUUCGUGUUCUGAGCUUUGGGCCAUUAUUUUGAAAGAUGAGGACCUUUGAAAACCUCACUCGGGGGAAAGAAGACCGAUGAUUCAACGACUUUGGCUGAUCCAAGGAAGGUGGAAGGUCAAGUGGACAGCUAGCAGUGCCGAGCGAGUCGAGCUGUGUCUUGUUUGUUGUGUUCAGAUGCAACUUGUUUGUUGUGUGGGAGAGUAACAGGUAUGGUAUGGUAUACCUUUGAGCCCAAAAGGUACCUUUCCCUUUCAGUCCCUGGGAUUGGAAUCGAUAAUAUGAUACCCUUUCGGCGGUCUCGUCCCUCGUUUGAUGGUAGAUGAUGGCAGAUAGAUGAUGACGAUGUUGUUCCGCUGCUGACUGAUGUUGAUGUCGAUGUAUGCAGAUAAAUAGAUCCUGUAGAGAUAUAUGGCGGCAGGCUGGUGCUGAUGCUUUUCUUGUCCAGACAAACCACCACUUGACCCGGCGAGGCGUGAACAAACCCAGACUACCUUUUCCGUUCUCCUAAGUCCUCUUGUUCUCAGCUCUCGGCCCUUUCGAUUUCCUAGGGAGUCGUACAACAAACAAGCAAACAGAACAGAAGAGCAGCGUCGUUCGAUUUCAACAACUAGUUA